AUGGAUCAGAAGAGGAAGGCUCACCAGGAGAAGGAGGAUCUAGAUCCUGAGUCGACAAUGGAUGGGUAUCAGUGCUGCAGUGGGGUGAAGGGACAACAGUCAAAGGAGGAUGGACAACAGCCGCGGGAGGCUGGACAACAGCUACGGGAAGCUGGACAGCGGGCAAGGGAAGCUGCUAAGCAAACAGUUGGAAUAUCCAAAAUCGAUGGAAGUUUAGGACAAGCACACUCAAGAAAUUUGCUAUUCACCUUCGUCUCUACAGCUAACAAUUCCAUCACUGAGCUGAAAGUUAUGGGUGACAAGCCCACAAAGGUUAGUAAAUUCGACAGAUUUGUGAUUCCGAAUCAGACUCUAUCAGAGGUUUUCUCCAUUGAUUCUUUCGUCCCAACCGUGUCGAGGUUAACCAACUUGAGAGUUCUUAGCUUGGUGUCAAUGGGGAUUUGGGGUCCUCUACCUUAUAAAAUCCACCGGCUUUAUUCGCUUGAACAUUUGGACUUGAGCUCAAAUUUUCUGUUUGGUUCAAUUCCUCCUCAGAUUUCUACCAUGGAAAGGCUUCAGACUGUGACACUGGAUGGAAAUUUUUUUAAUGAUACUGUCCCUGAUUGGCUUGAUUCCUUAUCAAACCUGACGUUUUUGAGCUUGAAGAGAAAUAAGUUGAAGGGUACAUUUCCAUCUUCAAUUUGCAGAAUCAAGACACUUGCUGUUCUUGCUUUGUCUCAGAAUAAGAUUUCUGGCAAAUUACCUGAAAUGGAUUGCUUAACCAACCUGCAUGUUUUGGAUUUGGGGGAGAACCAAUUGGAUUCUGAACUACCCAUCUUGCCAAAACGGCUAGUCACAGUUCUUCUCAGCAAGAAUUCCUUCUCAGGUGAAAUUCCCCAACAGUAUGACGAACUGGUUCAGCUUCAGCACCUUGAUCUAUCGUUCAAUUCUGAUAAGAAAGCUUUCAAAAACCAUAAUUUAUAA